AUGUUUCAACGGCGUGGCACUUAUCUUCAGCGCCUGUCGAAGCUGUAUUCCGACACGAAACAAUCCUAUGAAAGUGCCAAAGUCACUCCGGCUACCGCCAAUGUCACCGACUUGCCAGAAGUGAGGGAUUUGAGGAGGGAUUUCCAGAUUCAACAGGAUAGAUUACUGGCAUGGGGCUUGCAUUGGACCGACGUCGGGGCUCCCUACCCCACUCAGGGCGAUGUCGACAUCGACAAGAGGAUUGAUCAGGCUGGGCUGGGGGAGGUUGUUGCCAGCGUCAUGUCCGAGAUUAAACGACUUCUCGAAGAAAGCGGACGACUAGAGCAUCCGGAAAGGUAUGAAAUGAACAAAUCGGGAAAGACCAUGAGGGGGCCCGGACCCGGCCCAGUCACUCAGAGGAAGGAUUGGACGAGCCAUGAGGUCCAAACCGGGAGAGCGUUGCUUGAACAGCUGACUACUUGCAUCGAUGUCCUCUACAGCCUUGAAGAAUCGAGGAGGGCGGACGAAAAAGGCGAUGUGAAGAGGAUGAAGCAUGCGCAUGAAUCUUCGGACGGUACCGACUAUAUCCACCUCUACGACCACCCUCUGCAUAUCGACUUCGCUGGUCUCGAAUUCGGUUCAUAUUCCUCCCAGGCAGCUGACCCUCCACCAUAUGACCCGGCCGAGGGCUCGAUAUCUUCAAGAGAAAGAUCGGUCGCCUUCUACCGAGCCGCUGGUCAACCUGUUCUGGUCGACUAUCUCAACGCCGACUGCCCUCCUUACGUCGUCGGAAGUGCCGAGGACGUCUUUGAACUCCACGAACUCGGUGAGAAGCUUUGCAAAAACCGAUCACUCUCUUGGUGCGGCCAUCUCAGACUCGUUGGCUUCACGGUGGAUCCUAAUGGACCUCGCUGCGGAAUGGUAUAUGCCUUGCCAGAUGGACAUGACAACAAAACCUUGCAGCAGUCUCGGACGCUGGGAUCUCUGAUUGCCGCGAGCAAUAACCAGGAAUCGGCCCAACCUGCCCUGGAAGACCGCUUUCGUCUUGCGUACAAUCUCGCCCUGUCGAUCAUGGGGUAUUUCGCGCAAGGUGAAACGCAUCAAUAUAUCAACAGCAGCAACAUCCUUCUCAUCGGCUCCAAUGAACAUAUGCAUCGAUCCAACUCACCAAAGGAAUUGAGGUCUCCCUAUCUGCUACAGUCGUGCCAGGACUUUCUCUCGCGGUUACAAGCAGAAGAACCAUUGGCCACCACUAUCUACCGACACCCGAACCACGACAUUCAUGCUGCCGAGGUGGUUCCUGCCUAUGACAUCUACUCUCUCGGCUUGUUGCUGCUGGAGAUUGGACUUUGGAUCCCCAUUUCAAAGUUGUGGAAACCAAAGUAUGACCGUGACAUCUUCAUGAAGAGAGUACAGCAAAUUUAUUCCCACAAGCUUGCCCCCAAAUGUGGAAGCAAAUACAUGCGCGUCGUUCAGAAUUGCCUACAAGCCCCGACGGAAUUGCAGUACAGAAACAACUAUGAAGAUGCUGGAGCAUUUUUGCUUCAAGUCGCAAAAGACCUCCAACGAUGUUGUGCCUUGGACGAGGAAGGACCUCCUCCUGUUUCGGAUAUUGAAGUUUUCGAGCUUUUGAUCAUUGAGCAAAUGUGCAAGGCCGAAGAAAAGGCCGCCAAAGAAUCCAAAAUGCCUAGGCUCCCGGGCGACGAUGAAGCGAAACCCGAACUUCCCAAACGGCACAAUCCAAAGCGCAAAGCGGAUGCCAUACAACAAUCCACCCCGACCGUAGAGGCCCCAUUACGGAAAUGGCCGGAAGUCGAUAUCCCGCAAGCGGACUUGGACCAGUGGAAUACACUAGUAAUGCCAAAACUGGGCAAGAUGCUGGAGACUGCUCUUAAAGACUCCCCCGAAUCUUGCAGUCUGAGUCUGAUGAUGUUUGGCUCGGCCCCUGAGAAUGCAAAGACGACUAUUUGUAUUCAGUGUGCACAGAUCAACAAAGUCCGUGAUGUGCUGAGGAAGAGAUUUCGACCCAAGAAAGGCUGGGGCGUUGUCAUUCUCAAUGGUGAGGUGAGACGGAGCGGCAAAAGGAGGAAGCCUCGACGCUCCGGAUAUGGUUCCAAAAGCAAGGGCCCUCGGGCUGUGGCACGCAGACCCCGAGAGCAAAAGUAUCAAGAACGUCCAACCAGCGGUGCUAGCAUUGGAGCGUUUAAGGACUGCGAACACCUGCCUCCAGUAUCCUUUGGCGGCACCAUUCUUGUCGACGGCGAACCCUAUGGGAUGACCGUCCAUCAUAUGCUCGACCUUCCCAGUGACGACGACGACGACGAAGAUGAACCUAUAACACGCGAACAACCUAGAAGAUCUGCAGGCCCACGAACGAUCCCUGGUCAAUAUGAUAAUUCUGCCGAUGUAUGUUUUAUGCAAUCCGAGGAAGACCUUUCGCGAUUUUCCGAUUUUGAGAUUUCUGACGACGAGUUCGAAGGUAGUGAUGACGGAAGCGACGCUAGCACCAUUCGACCCGACUACGCCAUUAUGGACGCCGACGGAAACGAAUUCUGGUUCUUAGAGGACUCUCCUCCCGAACUUGACGACGACGAUGGAUCCGACGAUGAUGACGCUUCUUCUUCCUCCUCGGACGAUGUUGAUGAUGCGGCUUCUGUGGGUGAUAAGAUAGGCAUUGCCCCUUACUCGGACGAUGAUCUUUGCGUUACUCAACCGGCCAUUGACGACGUCGAUGAAGACUUCUUUCCGAGUGAAGAGGACCGAGAUGACGACCACCUAGCGAGUCAUUCUUUCGGCUACGUCUUUGCCAGCAGUGGGAUCCGUCGCGUCAUUCGAGGCGAAAUGAAACACGAGGUCGACUGGGCUCUCAUCAGAGUGCAUGAGGAGAGGCUAAAGGUUGAGAACGAGAUUUCAGAUCAAGUUGUGAUAUCAUCAACCAAAUCCGCCGGUCGAGCGUCUUCCAAGCUUCCACCAUCGUCACAUGGCGAUCAGCAUCCCGUCCUCAAAGCCAUCAUACCUCUCGCCAAACUUUCCGGUCUCCAGGUACACUGCCGUGGCCGUUCUUCGGGCUUCAAAAAGGGCCGUAUCUCUCAAGCCAUGGCUCUUGUCAAAAUGCAUGGCCGACGAUCCUUCUCUACGUCCUGGUGUGUUGAAGGCGGCUUCGGAAUCCCCGGCGACAGUGGUGCGUGGAUCUACGAUCCCGUCUCCGGUGGUCUCUGUGGUCACGUCCUUGCCUGGGGCGACAAGAGCAAGACGGCCUAUAUCGCUCCUAUGGAGGUUCUCUUCGAGGAUAUCCGAGGCCGACUCGGCGCCAGAUCUGUCGAGCUUCCUGUCCCCGAGGGCAUGAGUCGCGCAGGCGUCGGCGUCAAGGAGGAUGAAGGUAUCGGAAUGGGCACGCGGGGAGGUGCCGGCGAGAUUGCCACGAGAUUCAGAGAUCUACGAAUUGAUCCCACUUCCGGCUCGUCAAAUUCGGCUUCAGCGCCCGGUGCGCCUAGGAAGAAAAAGGAGAUCGUAGACGUUAGGCCGCUCGUUAUGGCAGGCGCAGUUUCUUGA